CCCCUUCGGCGCCCGCCCGCUCCGCGUUGGAGCUGGCAGCUCCCCCCGUCCCUGUCCUCCCUCCCAUGCGGGCUGUGGGGACAACGAUACUCUGGGCAGCGCGGCCGCAGGCAGGCGGCUCCUCUCGAUAUGUCCUGGGGGCUCCCUGUCUGCUGAGCCCGCGCAGGUCCCGCCGGAGUCGCCCCGGGGUCCCAUGAGUUCAGAGCUGCCCCGCGCCUCGCCGCUCCGCGCGCUCUUUAAGAUGGAGCCGGCUCCGUCCGCCUCCGAGUUGCUGGUGGGAGCUUCCGAGUUCCUGAAAGAUCGAUUAUAUUUUGCUACUUUACGGAAUAAACCCAAAAGCACGGUAAAUACCCACUAUUUCUGUACUGAUGAGGAGCUGGUCUAUGAAAAUUUCUAUGCAGAUUUUGGACCUUUAAACUUGGCGAUGUUAUACAGAUACUGCUGCAAACUAAAUAAGAAGUUAAAGUCUUUCAGUCUAUCAAGAAAGAAAAUAGUCCACUAUACCAGUUUUGAUCAACGGAAACGAGCAAAUGCAGCAUUUUUAAUAGGGUCAUAUGCAGUAAUUUACUUAAAGAAAACACCAGAAGAAGCAUACAGAGCACUUUUAUCUGGAUCUAAUCCACCAUAUCUUCCAUUUAGGGAUGCCUCAUUUGGGAGCUGCACAUACGAUCUCACAAUCCUGGAUUGCUUGCAGGGAAUAAAAAAGGCUUUUCAGCAUGGAUUUUUUGAUUUUAAGACAUUUGACGUGGAUGAGUAUGAACACUAUGAGCGGGUAGAAAAUGGUGACUUCAACUGGAUUGUUCCAGGAAAAUUUUUAGCAUUUAGUGGACCUCAUCCAAAAACCAAAAUUGAAAAUGGUUAUCCUCUUCACGCACCUGAAGCCUACCUUCCCUAUUUCAGGAAGCAUAAUGUCACAUCAAUCAUAAGAUUAAACAAAAAGAUCUAUGAGGCAAAACGUUUUACAGAUGCUGGCUUUGAGCAUUAUGACCUGUUCUUCAUAGAUGGAAGCACACCAAGUGACCAUAUAGUGCGACGGUUCUUGAACAUCUGCGAGAAUGCUGAAGGUGCUAUAGCUGUACACUGUAAAGCUGGUCUUGGGAGAACAGGAACAUUGAUAGCCUGUUACAUAAUGAAACACUAUAGGUUCACGCAUGCUGAAGUCAUUGCUUGGAUUAGAAUAUGUCGGCCAGGCUCUAUUAUAGGACCCCAGCAGCACUUUUUGGAAGAGAAGCAAGCAGUAUUGUGGAUCCAAGGAGACUUCUGCCGAUCCAAACAAAAACAACAAUCAGCUGAUGAUGGAACUGUGAAUAAAAUUCUUUCUAGCUUGGAUGACCUUUCUGUCAGUGGGAGUUUUAGUAAAGUACAAAACUUGGAUCCACGUGGGGAGAAUGACUUUGAAGACAAUGCAGAGUUGGAAUCUAAGAACGGCAUGACACAGGGAGACAAACUUCGUGCCUUAAAAAGUCGGAGACAGCCGCGAUCUGCUACAACUGGAGCUCUUAGGCUGGAAGAUAUGAAAUUGCACACCAGAUCAGUAUCACAACCUUUCAGAUUGAAUAGUUCAAGUAGUACACAAGUGUCCAUGUCUCCGUCAAAGUCCUCCAAGAUGGCUGCAGCUGUUUCACCCUCUGCAAAGAGAAUAAGCAGAAGCCCUACAUCCUUAGGAUCCAAUUUAAAAAGCAUUUCCGUAAACUCCAGGCUAGCCAAUUCUCUAGGGAACCUGUAUGCUGCUUCAGAUGAUACAGAGAGCAAAAUGAUGUCAUCAUCCUCUAGGACAGGUUUUUCUGUAAACCAUAUCUCCAGUCAUUUGAAUGGCAGCUUGCAGCUGCCUACCAGAAAUUACCAUGAGCUGAACAACAACCUGUACAACAGAAGCAGCAAUAAUGGCACCAACCUCAACAAUCCUGCCAGUUCUCACAGCACCGGGACAGAUGACGACAACAGCAGCUACCAGCCCUCCUUUAUGGGGUUAACUGCUUCUCCAGCACGAUACCUGAGUCGUUCAAUUCCUUCCCUUCAGUCUGAAUAUGUUCAAUACUAAAGCCUUGCUGCUUCGAUGAAAGCUUUUCAGCUCUUAAAAUCCCAUUUCUUCAUGGAGGAGCAAUGGUGAGGGAAAGAAACUGCUCACUGAGAGGAGAACUCUUCAUCCCUAGAUACAUUAAAACAUUAAAUUUAAGACACCCAGCAGAGACUUUGAACAGCCACAGAUUUCUGAUUAAUGACUACUGCAAAUGCACUGAAGUUAAAUUUAUGAAAAUUGCAACAAUUUUGUAUACAGCGGGAAAAUUUUAAAGUUGACUCUGACUUGAGGGUAUUUCUAAUGGAUUUCAAUAAUACAUUUAUAAUUACAUUUGUGUAUACAGUGUUACAGUAUGUAUGUAUUAAGAGAGUAUUUUGGUAAACUAUAAAUGUAUAUAAUGUAAAAAUUAGAAUAUAUUUUGAUUUAGAUUUCUUCACUUCUUUGCUACCAAAAAUAUAUAUUUUUAAAUAUAUUUUAAGGUUUAUCUACAGCAUAUGAAAACAUUUUAUGAACAAAACCAUUUUUGGUUUUAUUUAUGGGUCCAUUGUUACUGCUUCAAACUCAGUUUGUUUUUAGCAACUAAUCUGCUUUAAGUAGCUUAGUUGGAAAACUAGUUAGUUGUAUCAUCUGAUAGAGCUUGGUAUAGCAUCAAGUUUUCCUUUCAGCUGUCAGCUGCUAAUGUUCCAUAUGGUCAUCCUAAAAGGAACUUAAAAUAGCUACUUGUGGAUUAGGGAAAACCCAACAUUCCUAUCAUCAUAUGUCCUCUUUUUGAAAGAAAAAAUAAUAUAGCUAAUAAUUCUGCUAUAUUACCAACAUUUUCCUUCUGAUGAUGUAUUUUAAAGGGAUGUUUUACUCUUCGCUUUUUACUUUCAGCAUUGCUAAAUGUGUGUACCAUUUGAUCUACCCUAUAGUUACAUUUGUGUUGUAGCAAUUUUAAAGUCUAACAUAAAUCAGAAUUAACCUUCUGCUGUGCAUUUAAACUGUGCAUGAAAAGAAACGCCAAAUUCAGAAUGGACAUAAGCAGCGCAAUUCCACUGAAUUGGGUGGAGUUGCACGCCUGCUUAUUAUGAUGGUCAGGUGUGCAAGUUGAAUGGCAAAAGUUGCCACAGAUUUGGACAUGGAAGGAAAAAAUUAUUUGCAUUACAGUUUGCAAGUGAAUUAAUAUCUUUUAUAGACAUUUUCUCGACUAACUCUAUUGU